UGGUCUUGUUUUCUUCUUCCUUUUCUACGCCUCUUUCCUUUCUAUUUUUGUUUGUCUUUUGUGAGGCGGUGGAUAGCUGCCUUUGAGCUACUGUCAGUGUUAUAUCACUCAUUUUGUAAUCUAUGUGCCAUUGAUAGCCCUGUGUGGGCGCACCUUUUGCUCUGUUGGUGUUAGAGCACUGUUUUCUCUACUUUUUAUGUGCAAUUGAUAGCCCCUGCAUGGGCGUGUCUUGUUAUCUAUUGUUCUCAUUGGAAGAUUAUCACCAUUUUCCUAUUCUUGUGACA